AUGAUGGAAAUAAAAGGAGCAACUUUUACAGAGCUUUUAUUACCAGCCUGGGAAGGUUACCAUCCGUUGCCUCAUGAAGCUGAAAUCGCACACACCAAAAAGCUGUUCAGAAGGAGGAGAAACGACCGGAGGAGACAGCAGAGACUUCCUAGUGGGAACAAGCCACAGCAACACACGGAUCAUCAGCAAGGUGGCACCAAACACAACAGGGACCACCAGAAACUCUACCAAGGAGGCCAGGCCCCUCAUUCCUCAGGCAGGACGGGCCACCACGGCUACAGCCAGAACCGGAGAUGGCACCACAACCAGAAGCACUCGCCCAACGACAAAGAAACACAGAGAACUGCCAAAGAGACUGAGAAUUUGAAAAUCGAGGACACCUCUGUCUGCACGGUGGAGACACACCGAGGCCCGGAGGCUGUGGAGAAGCAGUCUCAGCAGUAUAUCCAGGAGUCAGAGACCAAGAGGAAAGACAGUAUUCACGAGCGGACUGGGGAAAGACCCAAGAUCAAUUUGCUUCAGUCUUCCAAAGACAGGCUGCGGAGGAGACUAAAAGAAAAGCUUCCAGACGAAGUCACGGUGGAAACCACUAACCCUGAAAAGAACAAAAUGGACAAAUUAAUUGAAAUCCUCAACAGCAUGAGGAACAACAGCAGCGAUGUUGACUCCAAACUCACCACCUUCAUGGAGGAAGCCCAGAACUCUACCAACUCUGAGGAGAUGUUGGGGGAGAUUGUCAAGACCAUCUAUCAGAAAGCGGUGACAGACCGCAGUUUUGCUUCCACAGCAGCCAAGCUCUGUGACAAAAUGGCCCUCUUCAUGGUGGAAGGAACCAAAUUCCGGAGUCUACUCCUCAAUAUGUUGCAG